AUGAAUUAAGAAUAAUUAUAGAUAAAGCUGUAAUUUCUGGCCAAAGUAAAUAUGCAAAAGGCAUAUCUCAUUAUUUAAGAAUUUCAAAAAUUCCUUCACAGUUUGAUAGUGCUUUCGAAGGUGUAUAUUCCUUAUUUGAUAUGGGAGCAAUUAAAACAGAUAAGGAACAACCGUUUGUAAAUGAAACUUCUAUUCAAGAAUUAACUUGGAAAGAUCCUUUGGCUAGUCAAAUUUUUAGAGAUAAUACCCCAAUUAUAGACGAUUUAU